UCCUCGACGACGACUUCCCCACGGCAGAGUUAGUUUUCCCCUUUUUCCCCUCCCCACUCGCCACAAAUCCUCGAUCCAAUCCCGACUCCGGCCAACUCCGGCCAUGCGCAGCUGCUGACAGGCGACGACCCCGAGCGACCUCGCGCCAUGGACGAGGGCUACGCCAACCUGCCCACCAGCCACCUCCUCGGCUCCGUCCCCGCUGUGCUGACCCCGGACGAGAGGAAGCCCGGCGCCCCAGCCGAAGUUGGAAAUGCAGCUGCCACCUCGCGCUUGCAGCAGUUCCCGCCUGCUCCUGGUGCCGGUGCAGGAGGGUACCAGCCUCCAGGGCCGCCCCCUCUAGAUGGUGAUGUAGAAACACAGACAAGCUGGAAAGGAUACUUCAACGUUGCCUCCUAUGCUCCAUAUUUCAAUGUCGAUACAGAUGUCGUUGUUGACAGGCUCGUCAGUUCAGUUUAUCCAAUGGAGGGAUUUGUCAGGAAGAUAGAUGCUAAUCCUGACAUGUAUGGACCCUUAUGGAUCACCACUACACUGAUAUUCAUGCUGGCUGCAUUCGGAAACUUUGCCACUUACCUAAUGCAAAGGAAAACUGAUCUGAAUAUAUGGAACUUUGAUGUUGGCUAUUUCAACUGGGCAGCAUCAGUCAUGUAUGGUUAUGCUAUUGUGGUACCUGCUGCAUUCUAUUUUCUGUUUCAGUAUUUUGGAUCACGCCCAAGCCUUGUCCGAUUUUGGUGUAUGUGGGGCUACUCUCUGUUUAUCUUCAUACCAGCAUCUAUACUGCUACUUAUUCCUGUGGAAUUUCUUCGCUGGCUCAUCAUAGCUGGUACUGGUGGUGCAUCAUCUUGGUUCAUCGCAUUAAACUUGAAGGAAUGCACUGAAGGAGCUGAUCUGAUGCCUUUGAUUGCUAGUGCAUCAGUGCUUCAGUUUGCGCUGGCACUGUUCAUCAAAGUUUACUUUUUUGCCUGAGAUCUUUUGCUGUUGCUCAGGCUAGCAGGUUAUUUUCUUUGUUCCUAUCUUUCUGUUCUCCCAUUCAUCUUUCCGAGGACCAGGCAGAUACAUACAUAUUGACCCUAGUUUGGUAGGCUUUGGAGUGUCUGGUUUUAAGAUUUUGACUCAUGUAGCCAGGAGAAUUUCUGUGUGUUUGCAAAGUUUACUAAGUUUGCCAUCUAAAUUUGCACUUGGUGAACUUUCUACCACCGUGUUGUACCGAAGUUAGUAAGAACGGGCACCUUUUUGGUUUGUACAAUCUAUUGGUGGUAAGCAUGAUCUUCUCAUGUUUGCAUCCAACAUAACUAAUUGAUGUGAAGUAUGUA